AUGUCAAAUCAUGAAAGAAGGGACAGCAACGCCCCAAAGCCAGAACAAAGAAGAGAUAGCUCGCCGAAUCUCCUGGACAGAAUGAAAGAAGACAAGUUUGAGAGUGAUGGACCAGGCAAGUCAAUUCAGAAGUCAAUGUUUAAAGAUCCUGCAGCACCUGAUGGAGGCAAUAAAUAUGCAGGUGCCAUCUAUAAGAAGGGUGAAAAAGACAAGAUCCGGUUGGGAGGAUCUAAGAAAUUUGUGAAAGGAAAGACAAAGGUAGAAGUAGAGACUAUGUUGAAAAGAGAAAUCGAACACAUGAUAAAUUUUGUAUCAACAAAUGCUAGAAAAGACGAAAACAGGCAGUGUUGGGAAUGGGCAUUACAAAAUUUUGGGAGCAUUGCAAACAAAGCCAUCAUCAUAAUAGAAAGGGUAGUACAGCAGGUCAAGGACAAGGGAGAGACAAUACACAUCAAGAACACAGAAGAGGUAGCAGCACACCAAAGCCAGAGCAGAGAAAAGACAAGAAGAGAUUAUUCACCAAAUCCUUUUGAAAGAAUAGUAGAAGACAAGUUUGACACAAAUGAAAUAAGUACAUUAGUUGAAGACUAUAAUAAGGCAGUGACAAUAUCUGCAAAAAUGUACAAAGAUCCAGUAGCUACUGUUGAAGAGAAGAAGUAUACUAUUAUUGUUUACAAAAAGCAAAAUAAAGACAAAAUCCUAAGAGGUGGGUUUAUGAGGUGUGUAAAAGGAAAGACAAAAGCAGAAGCAGAAGCUUUAGCUAAGAGAGAACUUGACAACAUGAUUAAGGAUGCUCAAGACCAUUAA